AAUUAAGAAUAUUUUUAAUAAAGAUGAAAUAAUAUUUUGUCUUUAUUUCUUUGGUUUGAGAAAAGAUAAGAAUGCGACAAAGGAUGUUAGAGCAUCAUGCAAAUAUCUCAAAUUUGAUGAUUUGUCCUUAUUCGAAAAAUGCGUAGUAUCUGAGACAUUGUUUAAAUGUGGAGUUAAAUUAUUACCAAAACAAAUGAAAAAUAUCGAAAAUUUGAUAGAAACUGAAGCUAAAUUUCUAAUUAAUAAUUUGAAUCUUUUGGUACCUUUGUGCAAAGUUUUACGACUAUCUGGAAAUUCUAAAGAUUUUUAUCCGAAUAAUUUAAACAAUGAAAUAGUUAACUGUAAUAAAAAAUAUAACAUAAUAACAGCAGUUCAUAUUUUAAAAUUAUAUUCCAAUAUGUACUUUUCGGAGGCCAAUGUAUUAAAACGAUUGGUUGAAGAUAUUAUGGAAAGUUUAUCAUUGAUAAACAAAACAUUUCAAGUUAAAUCUAAUACUAUCUAUAAAAAACAUAUCUAUAAAUCUAAAUACAUAGAUGGCUUUUUAUGGAGCAUUUGUAUAUUAAAUUACAAAUUAACGGAUGUACAAUUGUUGGAAAUUAUUAAUUAUAUUAAUAACAUACAAUCUUUUAUCUACGACGAACCUAAGGAAUUGUUACGUAUAUUAUUAUCCUUAUGGAUUCUUGGAUAUAAAGCUGAAUUUAUGAUACAGGAAUGCAUUAAAAGAAAUAUUUUUCUUCAAGCGUACAAUAACAAAUUUUGGAAAAUACGAGCGAGUUUAUGUUUAUUGCUAAAUACCAUUCAAAUAGAAUCUCCGAAUAUUAAAUUACCAAAUGAUUUAAUUACUGAUGUAUAUGUAGCAUUGAAAAUACAAAAAUCUGUUAAAAUUGUAUGCACAAUUGUAAGUGGACUUUCAAAAGAAAUGAAACUUCAAAACGUUCUUAUCAAUUCUCCUGCUAAAGGAAUUUAUAUUCCUGGUGUUAGUUUCGAUCAUUUAACUUUAGGGUCAUUUCAUAUAGAUUUGUUAAACGACAUUACGUGUUUAAGAUAUUCUAAAAUUCCACAUGGAUUAUUAAACUUAAAACUUAGAUUGAUUAAACAGCUCGGUUAUCAGUCUAUACUAAUCGACGAAAACGAUCUCGAGGAUACAAUUGUUGCCUUUAAAAAUAUUGAAAAAUGUUUGAAUCAAAUACUAAAUAUUAAGCAAUAAAUAAUUGAUAUUAAUAAGAA